AUGUACUUCUUCCUUGGACAUUUGUUUUUCCUAGACAUAUGCCACUCUUCAGUCACUGUGCUCAAGAUGCUGCAGAAUUUCCUGUCUCAGAAGAAAACCAUCUCAGUGUGGGGCUGUAUCACCCAGAGUUUCUUUUUUAUUCUUUCUGGGGGCACUGAGAGCUGCUUGCUCUCUGCUAUGGCCUAUGACCACUAUGCUGCCAUCUGUCACCCUCUACUCUACACUGUGGUCAUGAAUAGACCUCUCUGCACUGCAAUGGUCAGUGUAGCAUGGACGAUGGGUUUUCUGAACUCACCGGUGAAUAAUCUUUGUAUCCAGAAAUUACAGUUCUGCGAUCCCAAUACCAUCUCCCACUUCAGCUGUGAACUUCCUUCACUCUUUCCUCUGUCCUGCAUUGAUCCCAUGGCUAACACCAUCCUGCUGGCUGGGUCUACUGCAUUUCUAGGACUUGUGACACUUCCCCUGAUCCUCUUUUCUUACUUAAAAAUUAUGUUUGCCAUUCUAAGUAUCUCCUCCUCUGGGGGCCAAGGCAAAGCCUUCUCUACCUGCUUCUCUCACCUCACUGUGGUGCUCUUGUUCUAUGGGACAGCUCUAUUCAGGUACAUCAGCCCCCCUUCAGGAUCAGUCCUGGAGCGAGUUGUCUCUAUACAGUAUAGUAUGAUCACAUCCUUGAUAAACCCCCUCAUCUACAGCCUCAAGAACCAGGAGGUGAAGGCAGCUCUGCAGAGGAUGCUGAGGCAGCAAAUGUGUAUCUCAGGGUAA